AAUCAACUGUUAGCUCAAGUGAGUGAAAUGUGUGAGAGCGAAGAAUUGGCGGAUCCGAUAUCGAAUACGUUCAGUGCCCUGAUGACCUAUCGAUUUGAUUGCGCGCUCGACGUAGGUGUAUAAAAGUGCGAGUGCACCGUCUAGCGCUGUUCAGAAUUGGUCUCGCCACUGCAGUGGCGGUGUUGGAAAAGUUUGGAAAAUGAAGUUUCCGACGGUAUUAGCCGUCGUCGCGGCCGUCAGCUUCAGCCUGGUAGCAGCCGACUACAAUACCAUCAAGAGCGCCGACAAGGAGUUCCUCCUUAAACAGAAGAAGAUCUAUAAUCUUCUGUACUAUAUCUCGCAACCCUCCCUCGUCAAUCCUUCGUUGUAUGAGGAAGGUCGCUCGUAUAACAUCGAAGCCAACAUAGACUCGUAUACUAAUACGGCUGCGGUGAAGAAAUUUCUCCAUCUAUACGAGUAUGGCAUGCUUCCUCGUGGCGAGCUCAGCUCUCUGUACUAUCCAAAGCUUCAGAAGGAAACGGAGGCGCUGUUUCGCCUAUUCUAUUAUGCCAAGGACUUUGACACCUUCUACAAAACGGCACUAUGGGCGCGCAUUUACAUGAACGAGAUGCAGUUCGGUGAGGCCAUGUACACCGCGGUUAUGCUCCGCAACGAUACCAAAUUCAUUCAGCUGCCGCCCCCUUAUGAAAUGUACCCAUACGGAUUCUUCAACUCCGAAGUACUCGAGAAGGCGCACCAUGCAAAACUCUUCGGUAAACUUGACUCGAAGAAGUUCGGUGGCUACGACACCUACAUCAUUCCGGCAAAUUAUUCCGGAUGGUACAUGUCGCGCGAGUACGAUCUGGAGCAUAAGAUUAACUAUUUCACCGAGGACAUUGGCUUGAACGCUUACUACUUCUACUUCCGGCAAGACUAUCCGUUCUGGCUAAAGAGCGAGGAAUACGGCCUACAGAAGAAUCGCGGGAUGGAGUAUCUUUACGGUCAUAAACAAUUGUUGUGCCGUUAUUACUUGGAGCGGUUGUCCAACGACAUUGGUAAAAUUGAAGAUUUCGACUGGCACAACGAGUUCUACGUCGGAUACUAUCCGACGAUGACCUAUCACAAUGGCCUGCCGCUGCCACAGAGACCAUACUGGAGCAAAUUUCCCUACUACAAGUACAAGUAUAUAAAGGACAUAGAAGACAUGGAAUCCCGAGUAUCGGCGGCCAUUGACUCUGGAUUUGUCUUGGACCCAACUGGCAAAAUGAUCAACAUCUACACACCCGAGGGUCUCAACAUCCUUGGCAACAUCAUCGAGGGCAAUGUGGAUUCCUGCAAUCUCAAUUUUUACGGUGGCAUCGAUUACUUUGCGAGAAAGAUCUUUGGAUACAACUUGGAGCCGUCAACUCCCUACCAGAUCAUACCUAGUGCCCUCGAGUUUUAUAGCACGUCCAUGAGAGAUCCGGCAUUCUAUCGUUUCUACAAAAGAAUACUAAUUUACUAUUUCAGAUACAAAAUGCAUGAAAAACCAUACAGCAAGAACGAAAUAAUUUAUCCCGAAUUGAAGGUCGAGACCUUCGUCGUAGAUAAGUUAAUCACCUAUUUUGAUCAGUUCGACACCUCGAUCAACAACGGUUUGGUGGCCGAUGACGCGAAGGAGGCUGAGAGCACGUUGAUCAAAAUUCGUCAAUAUCGUCUCAAUCACAAACCGUUCAGCUUCCAUCUGGCUAUCAACGCCGAGAAACCUAUGAAAGCCUCGAUACGCAUUUUCCUCGGACCAAAGUAUGAUGUUCAUCACAAACCGUUAGAUUUCGCUGAAUAUGCGAAAUUCUUUUAUGAGAUGGACAACUGGAUAGUCGAUCUAAACGCUGGUGCGAACAAGAUUGUUCGAAACAGUCAAGAUUGCUUCUUUGCUACACCCGAUCUGGAACCGAGCGAGGUACUAUACAAGAAAGUGCUCAAGGCCUUGGACGGUUCCGAUUCCUUCUCGUAUGCGGAAAGAGUCUACGGAUUCCCUGAACGGCUGCUCUUGCCCAAGGGCAAGAAAGAGGGUAUGCCGUUCCAGAUGUUUGUAUACGUCAGUCCAGUCGAAGGAGAACCGAUCUCUUACACGUCCCGCAUCUUUGGUGGUUACAAAUACGAUAACAAGCCGUACGGCUUCCCCUUGGAUAAGCCUAUUUACAACUUCCGCUACGAUGGAUCGAACAUGAUGUUGAAAGAGGUUCUAAUUUCUCACAAGGACGAGACGGAACUGAAUGUGACUUAUUGAUCGUUAUUUAUAUGUUCAAUCUUACCUUAUUAUUUCAUUCAAUAUAACCGUUCUCCAUUCUAAACGUGUUUAAAUAAAGUAUAUAUGUUUUAUAUAA